AUGAGACUUAGAAAUUUUUUGCUUCUUCUUCUUCAAGAAGAUCGAAUCGGCCACGGAUUUGAUGAUUUCAAGGGAGGUAGUUGGCGACGAAAUGAGGGUGCUAGGGACAAGAGAGAGAAGGGGAAGGUCACCCUUCUUUUGUGUCAAAUAGAGCUGAAAAAUGUGGAUGGUGGAUUUGGGGACUAA